AAUGAACGACAUAAUUAAAAUUUCUUAUUUUUAAAAUAUAAUUAUCAAUAAAUAUUCAUUUAUAUUAUAAGAUGUGAACAAAUAUCACAUCACCGUGUCCUACCCUAUAAUUAAUUACUUGUGAAAGAGAGUGGAGCAAUGAGUUGUGAUUAUGAUUUUGGUUGUUGUGAGGAUUCGAUUAGUUCUAAUCCAAAAAUGAAAUAAAAUAAAAUAUAUAAAAAACCCCACAUAGAGCCCCCUAUUAUAUAUAUAUUACCGUUAUGCCAGCUUUCAACUCUAACCAUGUCCAUGUCAUGAUGCACCAUUUCAUGUGAAAUCAUAUCACCUUUUCCUUUUACAACACCAAAAGAAUUAUCCCUCUCACUCACAAACAAACAAAAACACAUACACACAGAGAGAAAUUAAGAGAUAUGAAAAGACAGGAUAGUAGUCUGCGCUCAGCCUCCUCACGCGGUGAAAAUGCAACAGAAAAUCUCCACGGAAAGACCACCGGCUGCAUGUCCGGCAUCGCCCACCUUCUCUCUAAAUACCACUCUUCCCGCAAAUUCCUCACUUUUGGGAGAAAGCAAGAGAAGAAUGGGGCUGGUUCCUCUUCUAGAAUAUCAAAGUCCUCGACAGCAAUCCAAGCUUCCACACCGCCUAUAUUAGGUCAAGUAAAAAAUGGAGACAAGUCCAUUUAUCUGCGUAGAUUCUUAUGCAACGUACCAAGAAGUCCCACGCUUCCGGCAGAGAUCCGGCGCUCCAACUCUGUGGACCCGCCUGAGAGCUCCCCAAUCCCACCAACCUUAGUUGCGAGGCUGAUGGGGUUGGAACAGGCUCUAGCUCCGCAAGUCACGCCAAAGACAGCGGUGCCAGAGCCCACGUCCACCAAUAAGAGGCAGCAGCUUUUGGGCGCAUUGGAGAAGUGUGAUGAAGACUUGAAGGCCCUAAAGAAGAUCAUAGACGCCGUUCGGGCAGGGGAAGGGCUCCGAUCACCCGCCUUGAUGAAGCGAAUGGAGACCAUUGGUGACAAGAAGAAAAGGUUUUAUGGUGCAAAUUCAAAGUGCUUGGAGUUUGGUACUGAGCAUCCGAGUCCGGUGUCUGUUCUUGAUGAGUCUACUCGUUCCCCUUUCAGCAACCACCAACACUACAAAAAGCAAGUGUUAAAUUACGGCUGUGGGUUCCAUGACCACUUUGUAUGGACUAGGAUAUGUUUAAAGAUUUUGACCCCCCCAAACAAAAAACGUAUAUGCUUAAAGCUACGUCUGGAAAGAAGAACGUGCACUGCGCGUGGGGACAGCCUUGUUGAGGACAUCAUGCAUUAUGUAAUGAUGUACAAUUUAUGCGUGCAUCCCUAUGCCUACAGCUAAUGGUUAUCCAAACCCAGACAAUUCGGAACACGCAAGAAGUUUGUAGCUCAAAUCGAUAAGAAUAUUUAUUUUUAUAUUUAAGAUCUUAAAUUCGAGUGCUAUAACAAGAGUUCUUUAUUUAAGUGUACAUUUUUCAAUUAGGGUUUAUUGCAAGAUUAUUUAUUGAUUUUUUACUCAAAAACCAAAAAAUCAUUACAUUGUUGAAUUUUCAUAAGUCAUCAUGGGUUGCAAGGUGGGGAUGGUCUAUGGAAUUAGUACUCAACAGUGAGCACUUUUGUAAUGAGUCUACUGUAUUUCAUCAAUUCUUUUGGUUCAUGCAAUUGCACACGAACAUGCGUGUAGUAAUAAUAGCUCGAUUUUAAACCGAUCGGGCCAGUCUAUUUGACACCGCUAAUAUAUUAUGUAAUUUUUUAAAAAUGAAUUUACGUGAGGCACAUAAACUGUAAUUUAA